AUGGCACUGCUGGCAAUCACUGCUCUUGCUCUUGUGAUUUAUGUCACUUUCCUGGUUUUCCUUUUUGUGCGGAAGAAAAGUCAUAAAGGAGGAAGGCUCCCCGCUGGCCCAACUCCCCUUCCCAUCAUUGGGAAUCUGAUGCAACUAAACCUCAAGGACAUCCCUGCAUCUCUCUCCAAGCUAGCCAAAGAGUACGGCCCUGUUUACACUCUGUACCUUGGAUCCCGGAUCACUGUGGUCUUACAUGGACAUGAGGCGGUGAAGGAAGCUCUAAUUGAUCAAGGUGAUAAAUUCCUUGGCAGAGGACGUAUUCCAAUUAUUGACAAUACCCAGAGAGGAUAUGGAAUCUUUCUCAGUAAUGGAGACAGGUGGAAGCAAAUGCGGCACUUCUCCCUCAUGACCCUGAGGAACUUCGGGAUGGGGAAGAGGAGCCUUGAGGAGAGGGUCACGGAGGAGGCUCAGUUUCUGGUGGAAGAGCUCAGGAAAACAGAGGCUCAGCCCUUGGACCCUGUCUUCACCCUCUCCUGUGCUUCCUGCAACGUGAUCUGUUCUAUCCUCUUCAAUGAGCGUUUCCACUACAACAAGUCGCUACUCUCCCUGUUGAGUUUGUUAAAUGAAAAUUUUAAUCGAGUAAACUCUCCCUGGAACCAGAUUUACAAUCUAUGGCCCGGACUCAUAAAGCAUCUCCCUGGAGAGCACAAAGCAUUUUCAAAAAGGCUUAAAGAUAUUCAAAAUUUUACUCUGGAAAAAGUGAAGGAGCAUCAACAGUCUCUGGAUCAUAAUAACCCUCGAGACUACAUUGACUGUUUCCUCAGCAAGAUGGAGCAGGAGAAACAGAACCCAGAGUCUGAAUUUCACUUGGAGAACUUGACAACCUGUGGAUGAAAUCUGUUUUCAGCAGGAAUAGAGACAACCACUAUCACCCUGAGAUUUGGGCUCCUACUUCUAAUGAAACACCCUGAGGUUCAAGCCAUAAUUCAUGAAGAAAUUGACCAGGUGAUUGGACGCGACCAAAGCCCCUGCAUGAAGGAAAAGAUAAAACUGCCCUAUACAGAGGCCGUGCUUCAUGAGAUACAAAGAUAUAUCACCCUCCUUCCUACUAACAUACCCCAUACUGUGGUCCAGGACACAAAAUUCAGACAAUAGUUCAUCCCCAAGGGCACUACUAUAUUGCCAUUACUCUCUUCGGUCUUGUACGAUUGCAAGGAGUUUCCCAACCCGGAGAAGUUUGACCCAGGCCACUUUUUGAAUAAAAAUGGCAGCUUUAGGAAAACAGACUACUUCAUGCCUUUUUCCAUUGGGAAAUGGGCCUGUAUUGGAGAGGGCCUGGCCCGCAUGGAGCUGUUCCUGUUCCUCACCACCAUUCUGCAAAACUUUGUCCUGAAGCCCCUGGGGGAGCCAAAGGACCUAGAGACCAAACCCAUUACUACAGGACUAAUCAACAAGUCACAACCCUACAAGCUGCGCUUUAUCCCUAGAUAAAAGCACCUUUCUCUUUUAGCAACAUAAAUCAAACCAUUGAUUUACAUGAGGGCCCAAGGAGACGCCUUGGAUAAGAGUCCAAACCAUGUUCACAGGCAGGAUUCAGACGUGCACAGCUGCAUCUUCUUCAGAAAGUGAUGAGAGGAAGAGCUGGGGAUUGGAGAGCAAGCGCGCAGAUUGCAAGGAAAGACUGAGUAUUGCCAAAAGAACAGUGACCCAGAAGAGAAUGGCUAGAACAACUGCCCAGUGGUGGCCCAGUGGAGUGCUGUGAGCAGCAGCUGCCGCAAAAGGAUGGAUCAAAUGCCAGCAGGCUGCUCAGGCUCCAGGGAGACAGAGAGAAGCUUUAAAAGCAGAGCUUGGGACAUCCCUGGCGGUCCAGUGGUUAAGACUCUGUGCUCCCAGUGUAGGGGGCACAUGGUUCAAUCCCUGGUCAGGGAACUAAGAUCCCAUAUGCCGCACGGCAUGGCCAAAUAGAUGAAGUUAAAAAUAAAAAAAUAAUAAUAAUAAAAGCAGAGUUGAGUUUCUGGAUGUAUACUCAAAAGAACUGAUUAUUUUUGAGUUUUCUCCAACAGAUAUUUGUAUACCCAUGUUCCUAGCAGCAUUAUUCACUGUAGCCAAAAAAGGUGGAAACAACCCAAAUGUCCAUUGGUGGAUGAAUGGAUAAACAAAGUGUGAUUAUAUAUAUACAAUGGAAUAUUAUUCAGCCUUAAAAAAGAAGGAUUUAUAGUCUAAUGCGUAUUACAAAUGGAUGAACCUUGAAGACAUUAUGCCAAGUGAAAUAAGCCAGUCACAAAAGGACAAAUAUUGUAUUAUUCCAUUUAUAUGAGGUACUGGAAUAGUCAAACUUAUAGAGACAGAAAGUAGAAUGGUGCUUGCAGGGGGAGGGGGAGAAUAGGGAGUUAUUGUUUAAUGCGUAUGGAAUUUCAGUUUGGGAAGAUAAAGUUCUAGAGAUAGAUGAUGGUGAUGAUUGCAUAACAAUGUGAAUGUACUUAAUGCCAGUGAACUGUACACUUAAAAUGGCUAAAAUGGUAAGGUUUUACAUCGUGUAUAUUUUACCACACACAAAAAGAGCAGGGCUGAGGUUCUUGAGAUGGGGAUUUUGAAGCUGUAAAUUUUGCAUCCAAAUGUUUAAUGUGACUUGCUAACAUGUGAGUUUCUCUGUCUUCUUCCCACCUUCACACUCCUUUCUAUCUAGCAAGAAUUCUUCCUCCUUCCAUGCUUUCUGAGAAGUCUUGAAUUUGCCAGCUAAGUUCCCUGACAUGGGAUGCAGAAUUAGUAGAAUGAAGAGGGAACAGACAGAAUAGGAAACUAGUUUGAGAGGCGAGGUGAAAUUCCAUAAUAAAAUAACAUCAAGAUGGGACUUCCCUGGUGGUCCAGCAGUUAAGACUCCUCACUCCCAAUGCAGGGGGCCUGGGUUUGAUCCCUGGUCAGGGAACUAGAUGCCGCAUGCUGCAGUGAAGAUCCUGAGUGCCGCGACUAAGACACGGAGCAGCCAAAUGAGUAAAUAAAUAUUUUUAAAAAAUAAAAUAACGUAAAGAUAAGGCAAGAGGAAACAGAAGGGUGAUUAUUGCGGGAAGAAUUUGGUUUGAUUUGGUGACUUUGGGGAGACAGGGAGAAAUUCUAGGGAAGCUGCUGGGAACAAGAGAAUUGAGAAGGAAAAGGAAGAGAAGUGAAGUAAGCCUGUGGCUUAAUGUUCUUUAAAAGACAGAAGUAAAUAAUGCAGUUCCCUUUAAAUUACUUUUGGCAGUUAGGCUAUUCUUGUCACUUGCAUGUCCCUUCAGAGACAGCUCCACAAUUUUCUUAGCCCCACACACAGGCUAUGAAAUCUGGAACCGUUUGGAUUGCAUCUCUACUUGUCCAUUUGUACACUGCUAAGGUAAAAUCAAAUAAAUAUCACUUUGAGCCAGUCCCGUAAUAUUUCCCAACCUUGAUUUCCUCAUUCAUAACAUGGAGAACACAAUACCCACUUUCAGAGUGGUUAUGAACAUUAAUUGAGUUAAUGUUGUGUUAAGGCAAAAUCAUUCUUUAAAGAUGUGUAAUAGUGGAUUAAAAUGUAACUGUCUCCAUUUCAGCUGGGGCGCCCAGGCAAAAGGUACCAAACAUGACCACAUUUCAAGGCAUGAUGCUACAUCACCAAUCAGGAGUUGCUGCAAAAAUAAUGUGCUAAAAAUAGUUGCUUCAAAAAUAGUUUCUGACCCUUAGCCCCUCAUCCUCCUGGAAAUUCUCAUUAGAUUGAAGUUGAGAAACAGUAUUUCUUAAGAGUGAGUAGUCAGAAUGUUGUGUUUCCCUACUCUCACCAAAAGGAAUAGAAGGAGGAUGCUUCCCCCUCAUGGCAAACCGAGCAAGGGGUGCUUCAUGGAAACAAUUUAGAGAGUUUGACAAGUGUUCCUAGGAUUGGGGUAGCACAAUGCACGGAGGUCUGAGAUAUACCUGGGGAAGUCUUUGAGAGACAAUAGCUGCAGCUAAUUUGCAAUGGCCUAUUCUCAGAAUUCCUAAGGUCAAAGGAUGUGUGGGUGUUUCACACAGAUGAGAUGUUAGCCUGGGAGAGAGAGAUAUUAAAGUGUUUCCACCCUAGAGAACGGCAGCUAGCUUUGGGUUGUGGUUGGUACCUCCUAUAUUAAUAAAUUUAGGUCAGAAAGAGUCUCAUAUAACUCAGCAAUGAAAAGACUCCCAAUUUUAAAAUGGGAAAAGGAUUUGAAUAAACAUUUCUCCAAAGAAGAUAUGCAAAUGGCCAGUAACACAUGAAAAGAUUCUCAAUAUCAUUAGUCACCAGAGAAAUGCAAAUCAAGACCACAAUGAGAUAUACACAAUGGAAUAUUACUCAGCUAUAAAAAGCAAUGAAACUGGGACAUUUUUAGAGACAUGGAUGGACCUAGAGACUGUCAUACAGAGUGAAGUAAGUCAGAAAGCAAAAAACAAAUAUAUGUGGACUAUAGAAAAACGGUACAAAUCAACUGGUUUGCAAGGCAGAAAUAGAGACACACGUAGAGAACAAGCAUAUG